ACCUCCUGGUCCUUAUUCCGGAACCAGUACUCUUGCUUUGGUGGCUCGUGUUUCUGCCUUCUCUGUAGGACUCGUUUAUGGAAGCAUGAAACUCAAGUAUCUCCAGAUCAAGGACCCAAGGCAGACCAAAGAGAGGAACGCAGCAAAAUCCCUGUCUGAGGCCCGCGAAGCACACAGAGAUCCUCACCGGUUAUUUGUUUCUGUAGAUGCAAUGAUAGAAGGGGCACGCGUUCGGCUUAAUGGGUGGCAGCGGGCUGCAGUUGCUCUUGGUUCUGGGGUGGGAGCGUUAGUGGACCCACGAAGAGCAGAUUUGAUAGCUGCUUUGGGGGAGACAACUGGGAAGCCUGCUUUUGAAAGGGUUCUAGAAAGGAUGAAGAGAAGUCCUGAAGGCAGAGCUGUACUGUCUGACCGUCCUCGUGUCAUCUCUUCAAAAGUGGGGCACGCAUGGGACCUACCUGCCAACACAUUUGGUGCCGCCUAUGCAAGGUUCAUGGGUUCUAGAAACUUCUCCCCAGACGAUAGGCCACCGGUCCGGUUCAUGGAAACAGAGGAGCUAGCAUACGUUGCAAUGCGAGCUCGCGAGGUCCAUGACUUCUGGCACACCCUUUUUGGCCUUCCCACCAACUUGAUUGGCGAGUCAGCACUCAAGGUGAUAGAGUUUGAGCAAAUGAUGCUUCCCAUGUGCCUGUUGUCAGUCGUAGGAGGAACGGCAAAAUUUAAUGAGAAGCAAAGGGCACUGUUCUACCAGCAUUACUUCCCCUGGGCCUGCCGUGCUGGAUUGCGAUGCACAGACCUAGUGUGUGUAUACUAUGAGCAGCACUUUCAUGAGGAUUUGGAGGAUGUUCGGCUGCAAUGGGGUAUAAUUCCUGCUCCUGCUCCUGCUCCCAAAUGAAAUGUGGUCAUGGUUAGUUAAUAGCUCCCAAAUGAAAUAUGGUCAUGGGAUGAGAGAUAUCGCGAAGUGGACAUCAGGAUUUGAAUUUCAUCAACUCGUUGGGUCAUAUGCUUGGGAGGCUUGGGAAGGGCGGUAGCUGUUGUGUACUGGUUCCUAGAUGGGUUUUGUGCUUCACACUCUAAUUAUCAAACCAGUGCAGACAUAUGUUCUGGUUGUCUUUGAUUUUGUGUGUUUUAGAUAGUAUGCAUCUUGUUAUCUUGUGUUUAUGGGAGGGUUCCAUCUUCAAAUACCAAAAUUAGUUGAUGAUGGCAGUUGUUUUGCAGUUCUUAGUUUAGUUUUUUGGCUAUAAUGGUUGAUUUUAGGGGAGUUCGAUGUGGUUAUGAUCUUUAUCUUUUCGGAUGUUUUGCUCAGGUAUGCCCCUCGUAUAAAUGUGUUUUUAUUUUGUCUUCUUUAA